UCCAGCAGCUAAGAGAGGCCUCACCAUGCUGAAACAAAAUCACCAAACAAUCCUGCUGGGACUUGCGGCCUUAAUGGUGGCAUUUGGAUAUAUAACGACCAUUCAAGCAGCUUCCAAUUCAACUGGCAUGGAUCUGGGACUCAUAUCCCUCUCAGAUACAUCCGACAUGUGCCAGUACUCCCCGCCGUUAUCCUACAGUUGCUGCCAGAGUGUUACAGUGAAUAUGCUAAAUGAUACCAAGAAACUUUGCCUGACUAUCAAGGGGAGUUUGCUGGGCGGAACAGUGGACCUGACUGCUACCCUAGAUGGAGCUUCAGUGGGAAAGUUCAACCUGGAUGUCAAUAAGCCGCCCACAGUCUGCCUGCCCUUGAUAUCCAUGACGGGCCUCAACAUGUGCAUCAAGCUGAAAUUCUCGAUUUCCAUUUCCGGGGCCAAGAUCUGUCCCAAUGUCUAUGCAUCCUUUAACACCAACGAUAUAAUGACUUACAACUUUCCGUGUGUCCAAGUCGGAUUGGACGGUGUGAACCUGGUGUGAGGACUACAAUUUAACUACCAAUUUAAUAUAUAUAAUUGAUGUGCAAAAAUAUGAAUUUUAUCUUUUAUAAUAUCAAUAUAAUACAAGUAUCUUUGGCAACAUUAAAA